ACGGCGGCGACGGCGACGACCUAUUGCCAUUCCCACCGGUCGGGCAACAUAACGUAUCGUGUUUACACGCGCAGCCCGCGAAGCGACUAUCAGACGCACACGUGAUUCGGGAAUUUUUUUUGUUUUAAAAAAAAAUUAAUUUUUAAAUGUCAUAAGUGCUUAGAACUCAUCGGACGCAGUAUCUGCUCGAUAAUAAAAACUGCAGACGUGGUGAAAUAUUUUCGUUCAAUUUUUUACGAAAAAUUUUGAACCACCAUGAUUAGAAUCGUUCUGAUCAAUUUCGUUGUACUUGGAUUAUCCUGCAGUCUUGCAAUGGCGGCCCCUUUCAACAUACGGAACUUAAACGACGCCGUGUUCUCCAAUCCGCUAGGGACAAAACAGUGUACAGUUUCAGGAGUGCUUUAUAAUCACAGUCAAAAGAUACUGUUUACCGACCACUGUAAAGCGUGCAUUUGCAUCGAUGGUCAAAUAUUUUGUUAUUGGCAAUGCGACGACACAGUUCCUGCAGACACAAUGGUCGAAGAGAUCGACGACGAACCGCAAUCGACGUCCACGAUAAACAUAAUUUCAACUACCUUUGAAACCGAUGCGAGUUCGAAAUCAACAAACUUUGUACCGCACUCGAGUCCCUCGGACGUUUUGCAGACAACCACUGUGACACCCAACGAAGACGCCGAGCCGUUUUGCCUCGUUAUGGGAGUUAGAUAUAAGCCUGGCAGCGUUUUGCCAAGGGACACGGGAUCCUGUCUGGAAUGUCAGUGUGGCCAAAAUUCGCAGAUCGCGUGCAGCCCAAAGGACUGUAUUACGUUGAAUUCGUUGAGCGAUGAGGACACCUCCGAACCGGAAUUCUACGGCAACAGUAAUAGCGAACAGAACAACGGCAAUUUCAAUAUGGACAUGUUUGCCGUCAACGUCGUUUGAUGGAAAUGAACGAGAGAGCUAGAGAGAGGAAAUUUUAUGUACAUUAAAUGAUGCGUCUUUUACGAUUAAUAUGCGAUUUGUUUUACAAAAACAGCUAUAAUAAUAUUACUACCAUAAUAAUUGUAAUGCCUCCCAAAAAUGUCUAUAGUAAUAAUAAUUAUUAUAUGCCCCUACUAUUAUUUAAAUAGUUAUGUUUUUUGGUUUUAUAAUUUUUGAUUUGAGUUUAUACAUACGUUUACACGGUUUUCUUUUUAUUGGUAUUUAAUUUGUUUUAUUUGAAUAAUUAUUUUUUGUUAUUUUUAAUUACAAAUUAAUAAGUAAUAAAUCCUCAUUAAAUAAAAAUAAGAAACUGAGCUGUGACCGUUUGAGUUUACCCUCAUCUGGGUUCUAUAUCUACCUUCGAAAUUCAUGUUUUGCCAUUUAUAAUACCAAAAGAAUAUAUUACUGUAAUUUUUCCAUUUUUAUUUGAAAAUCCUGACUGUUGAAUGCUCGUCGACGUCUUGCUACUUUUUGUUCAAAAAAAAUAUACCUACAAUAAUAGUGUGUAUUAAAGAUAUAAUACCAUAUACUCACUAUUAUUCCCUAUCAUAGUAGGUGUGGUAUUAGCGUAACAACUGUAUUUCAAACUGAAUAUCGAAAAUAAUGAUCUCCUGCUUUGUACCCUUUAUCUUGCAGAAUUUGCAAUUUUAUAAAAAUGAUGUAGUUAAAGGUAUUAUAUUGUUUACGGUUUUUUUUUUUUACAUCCAUAAAAAUAAUAAUGGAAAUUUUAAGUCAAUAAAAAUAUACCAUAAUUUAAAUUUUCAAUAAACGAUGUAUGAUAGAAAGACCAAUUUGCUUAGGAUGUCAUGGUAAUAAUACGGUUCAGACAUAAUAUUAUGUCGUAGACAUUAUGUGAUAAUAAUAAUUUAAGAUCUGUAUAUAAAACGUAAUUCUAAUUUCAUUUCGUUGUCCAUAUUAUAUUUUAACUGAAAGAAAGUAUAUUAUGUUUGCUGGUGUAAUAUAGGGAGGAACAUAAAUCAUAUGUACUCGACUCACGUUAAGAACAUGACCUGGCGGCGACCGAUUUUGCAUCCUUUGGUCGGCUUUUGAUUCGUUUUCCAAACUUCCGUCCACCAGCGGCGCGGUUGAAGAAAUUAUUUUGGAUGCUCUUAACGUGUGACAAGUGAAGAUCUGUUCUUUAGAGUAGUCUUUUUUCGGAAUAAUUAAUAUUGACAAUUUUUUAUUAUUCUAUUUCGUGGAAGAUUUUUCGUUUUAUUAUUCUUAGUUUUAAAAAAUUAUCGUAAUGAUUAUUCCGUUAAAUUAUUGUUUUUACAUUUAACUUUACAUCAUGCAUGUGAUAUUUGGCUUCAAGCUUUUCCAGGAUUGUAUAGCCUUCAUUCAAAUAUUCAAUAGUUAUAUUAUAAGUGUCAUUAUACAUAUAAAUAUAAUAUUAUCAUAUUUUAUAUUUUAUCUUGAGCGACUUGGCCUUUCUGCCCCACUACAAUGCAAUAAUUUAUAUUGACCACGUCAACAGACCACAUCAUUAUGAUAAAAAAAAAAAUUGUAAUAACAUAAAUGCCUAUAGUAGCUAUAGUGCUACUAGCUGUAUUUUAUGACCCAAAUGUAUGUACAUAUAUUUUUAUUUUUACAUAUGUAAAUUUUCAUACAAAAGAUAGUAAUUGACUAUUACAACGAGUAUUCAUUAUGAAUUAUUUAAAUAUUUUAAAAUUUAAACUAAUAAAUAUAUUUUAUAUCGUUUAUUAGUAAUUAUUAUCUAUGUGUUUCACAAUAUAACUAUUAUUUUUUAUUUUAUAAAUAAACUAAUGAUUUUUGUUUUGUUUUUUUUUUUAAUUGUGCACAGUGUAUACCAUUAUUAUAAUAUUAUAUAGGUAUAUAACUAUGUAAGUAGUAUAACAAUUUAAAUUUUCAUUACUUAUAAUAACUAUAUAAGUAGUAUAACAAUUUAAAUUUUUAUUACUAAUAAUAAUUAUAUAAGUAGUAUAACAAUUUAAUUUUUUAUAACUUAUAACUUAUGUAAUGUAGUCAUCCUUAUUAGUGAUUAAAAAUGUAUUCUUAAAAAUAAAAAAUUUACUACGAUGAAAAAAUCUUAAGCAAAAUAUACUAUAGUAAAAAAACCUUUACAAUUAAAUACAUAACUUCUCUCUUGCUAAAAUAAUUUUUUUUUACUAUCUGAUUUGGAUUUUUUAAAAUAAAUCUAUAACUUUUUUGUUAAACAUACAUUUGUAUACUUACCCUUUUAAAAUUGUGUUAAAUAAUUAGAAAUUAUUAUUAUUAUAUUAUACUAAAUUAUAAUUUAAGUACCUCAUAUCUGUAGUUAUCUGUAUACUUAGAUUUGUAUACAUCAAUUUUAUGAUACAUAUCUACAUUAAGAUAUCAUAUAUAGUGUUUCAGAAAAAAAAAUGUAAUAGAUACCUUAUUCUUACUGAAAUUAAGGAUAUAAUAUAAUGUGUGUGUAAUUUGAAUAUUUAUAUAAUUUACCAAUUAAAGUCCUAUUCCGAUUAUUUUAUGUUUAAUAUUUUCAAUAAAUAUUAUUAUAAUAUUACAAACCAAUUAUUCGCCUUGAUUAUAUACAGCUGUUAUUCAAAUAGCGUUGAUGCAUUAAUUAAAUUGUCUUCUAAUUUAUCA